AUGAAAACUGGAACAACGAUUUUCCCAAUAAAAAAAGCAUCAAGAGGCCAGUUUCAAGCUUUGCGAAACGUCCAGCCGGCUAAGCCUCGCGUACAAUGGGCGAACGUUCGCAGUAACUCAGUACCGACACGUUCAUACGUUCGAGUACAGUCGCCUGCACAAGCCGCAAACGUGCGGAGGAAUCCGUGGGAGGGGGGACCCCCUCCCCCGACCGUGCGACGUCCUGUCACUGACAAAUGGCCCGAAGGAGAGCUCGACCCCGGCACCCUCUCCAGCCUCGGCGUGUAG